UUAUUCUUUUAUUAUAAUAAUGGAAUAUUUCCGGGUCUCUGAUAUGCGAUGAAUAAAUUUACUCUAAAAAUAAUUAUUAUAAUUUCCUGAAUAGCUCGUGAAAGAUGAUAAAAAAACAAUUACCUUGAUUCUUAUUGUUUAUUUAAUGAUUGAGCCCUAAAAAUAGUUAAAAAUUUCAGUCAGAUUAAAAAUAUUUGAUAUCAUGUUGUGAUUCGAUUUUAAAAGUUUGUUUUUUUUUGUCUUAAAAUUUUUUAUAAUUUUUUAGUGUGAUUUCGUGUAAAUAACUUUUUUAACUAGAGCAGCUAGAACAAAAUAAUGCCAUAAUUCGAUUCUUUGACUUUAUUUUCCAAAAAUCUCAAAGAUUGGAAAAAUCUCCAAUUUUACACGUGUAACAUUAAUUUUUUGAAUUUUGUAGUUUAACAUCACGUUUAUAGUAUGGAAAAAUCAAAGUCUAAACCUACUCCAUCUAAAUCUAAGUUUUCUACAAGCAUUCCAACUAAGAAGUCUACUUCGUCUGCUACGUCUGCUUCGCUUGCUACGUCUACUUUGUUUACUACGCCUAAACAUCUUACAAGGAUCACACUUAAUUGUCUAGUUUACCGUGAACCUCCGAGUUGUUAUUUCCAAAUUACAGCAAAAAAUGAGACGACAGAUACUGAACUUAAGGAGUUAAUUAAAAAAUGCAACGAGCCAGAUUUCAAUACAAUUGCAACAAGGAGACUUUUACUAUGGAUUGUUAAUGUCCCCCUCGAAUCGGAACUUCUCGAUGACGUUAAUGUAAACAUCGCGGAUACGCUAAAUGGUCGAAAGUUUCUACCUCCAAGCAGAGUUGGAACAUUUUUUAAAACGCAACCUCCUGAAGGUGUUUUACAUAUUAUCGUUGAGUCACCUCUAUCUACCGGUAAGUGGAUAAUAGAUUUCAUGGAAUAUUACGUUAAUGUUGAUUAUACGAAAAAGUUGCCAAUAUCAAAAUAAUGAUCAUACGCUUAUAAUGACAUUCGUAAUGCUUUAUUGACUUGUGCUCCUAAUAUGUUUUAACGUAAAGUUGAGGUAAUGAGACGGGAGUUUGAGAAAUUCACAGUAGCACAGAAUAAUUUUCUCGACAAUGUAACCAAAGCACAAAAUGGUAUGAUCGAAGCGCUCGCUGAAUCGAAUCGACAACAGAAAGAGACGUUCACAAAUAUGACCCAAGCGCUCACUGCAUCGAAUCGACAACAGAAUGAGAUGUUCACAAAUAUGACCCAAGCGCUCACUGACUCGAACCAACAA